UUCAUCGGGCAGGUCCCAUUGAGCAUACCUAUCACUGUCAGAUUCAUGGAGGCCUGGCCCGCUUGCCAUGCAGCCUGCUACCUCUCGCGCGUCGCAAGCAAUGCAAGCUCGCUUGGGUCCCAGUGUAAAGUUAUCCUGAUCUUAAUCAGCCGGGAAGACCUCUCUGGCGCUACAUGCUCAUCAACAGAGCAUCGACAGAGCAGGACCACUGUGAGCAGAAUCUUACUGCAUUAGGAACUGCGGAGCUUGGAGGAAUGCUAGAAUGUUGGUGGGGCAUUCUGUUGGCUUAGUGGUUAGUGGAGUAUCUGAUGCUGGCCCUUAGAUUCUUCUUCGUGUAGUUUUUCAGCUUUCUUGUCUUGAAACAAGAAACAGCACUAGCAGCUACCUGCAUCAAGAGGAUGGUCUAACAACCAGCUGAUUUUGUCGGCACCGGCAGCAUGGGGGCACAACAAUCACUGAGCAAAGAAGACGUGCAGCAUUUUGUGGACACAACUUACUUCAAUGCUGGCCAAGUCCGGACGCUUCACAAGAUCUUCUGUGAAGUGGCUGCCCAUAAGGAAGUUGAAAAGGAGGAGAAUGAGUUGGGGGAUGGCAAGGACGGAGGAGGCGCGGUCAAGGCACUGAUAGGAACACUGUCAGCCCCACUGGAGCAUGCAAAAAAGCAUGGGGGCAAGGAUGAGGCGUCAAUACAGAAGAAAGAGCUACAGCUGGCACUGGGCCUGAAGCAGCCACUGCUUGUGGAGCGCAUGUUCUCCCUCUUGGACCAAGACCGAAAUGGGAAGAUCAGCUUUGCGGAGUUCUGCAACACCCUCUCCGCCUUUGCUGAAGAAGCUCCAGACCUCGAAAAGACAAAAUUGUCGUUCCGUCUAUUUGCCAAUCAGCAAGGAGAGAUCACCCAUCGCGAGCUAGCGGAGAUGCUGGCAGCAGUAUCGGACGAGGGGACAUUGGACUUCAGCACCGAAGAGGCGGCCGCAGUCGUAGAGCGCACCUUUGAGGAGGCAGACCUCAAUAAAGACGACAAGAUCGAUUUCAGCGAAUACUGUAGGCUACUCAAGGCGUAUCCGGCCGUCCUCAAGAACCUGAGCAUAAACCUCCAACUUUUGCCAGAAGAGCCCCUCAUAGGCGACGAAGGUGCAAGGACCUGAUUCUCGCCCCCGCUUCGGAAGUCGAGUGGCAGCGUCUUAAAGUUGCAGAUCUUGUCGGGUUGAGAUCCGGGUCGUCUCGGCAGGACAAGUCUCCAGUACCGCGAGUUGUCUUCUUGAAAACUUCACAUGUUUUGUGCCGUGUACACGCAAGUAUCAGUAUACUAGGUGAAGUUAUUAACUUUCCGAGCGAGUUCGGA